AUGAAGGAAGUUUAUUCUAUUGUUGAUCAUUCUCCUUGGGUCUUAGGAGGUGAUUUUAAUAUUCUUUUGCACUCUCAAGAAAGCUCUGACCAUGAAUUUUUAGACCAUUACAUCACUCCUGACAUGAAAGAUUUUCAAGAUUUCACUCAAGAUAUUGAUUUGACUGAUCAUCCUUUCUUUGACCCCAAUUUUACCUGGAGUAAUAAACAACAAUACUUUUAUCUUUCUAGAAAGCUCGACAUAAUCAUGAUUAAUCCUAGAUGGGCCUCUGUUUUUCAAAACUCCUUUGUUGAGUUCCUUUCUCCUGGUGUCUCUGACCAUAGUAUGGCAGUUAUUUGGCUUACUAAUUAUCCUUCUGCAUCUAGACCAAAUCCAUUUAAAUUCUUUAACUUCUGGACUGCCCAUCAUGAUUUCUUGAGUAUUGUUAGACAGUCUUGGUUCCACAAUAUUCCUGAUGCUGAAUAUAACCUUCUUAAACAAAAGGCUAAAGCUCACUGGAUUAGACAUGGUGACAAAAACACCAAAUUUUUCAACUUGGUGGUAGCCUUUAAAAAUAAAAGGGACACUUUAAGAGUUCUUAUUGAUGACAACGAGAAUAGGCUCGAAUCUUUUGAAGCCAUGUCUAACGAAGUGAUUUCUUAUUUCUCAAAGCUUCUUGGUACUUCUGACCCUUCGGUCAAGGAUAUUGACCCUGCUCUUCUCAAUAACCUCCUCAACUUUUCCAUGUUGGUUGAUGCUCCAUCUUAUCUUGUUAAGGAAGUUGCUGAUGAGGAAAUUAAAAAUGAAAUCUUUUGCCAAGGCAACGAUAAAACCCCUAUUAUUACCUUGAAUCAGACUGCUUUUAUCAAAGGUCGAAGUAUUAUUGAUAAUUCCCUUCUUUCUCAGGAAUUGAUUAAGGGAUAUGGUAGGAAAGUAAUUUCACCUAGAUGCUCCAUGAAAAUCGAUCUUCAUAAGGCGUUCGAUUCAUUGCAUUGGGAUUUAAUUUCAUCAAUCCUUCGAUCUCUUCAAUUCCCAAAUAUUUUCAUUGCUUGGAUUGAAGUCUACUUCUCACAAGCUAGGUAUUCAAUUUCUUUCAAUGGUUCUCUCACUGGUUAUUUCAAAGGAGCUAGAGGGCUCAGACAGGGAGACCCUAUUUUUCAUUAUUUGUUCAUUCUAGCAAUGAACGUUGUCUCUGACAUGCUCAAUUUGGCUGCUACUAAAGGCAUCUUUGCUUACCACCCAAAGUGCAAGAAGAUAGGGCUUACUAUAAUUUCUUUCGCAGACGACCUUUUAAUUUUCUACAAAGGCAAUGUUGAUUCAGUGGUUGGUGUCCUCAGUGUCCUUGACCUUUUCUACCAAGUUUCAGGACUCAAUCUUAAUUCUUCCAAAAGUGAACUUUUUGCUGUGGGUAUUUCUUCAAGGAUACUAGAGGAUAUUAAAAUCAUUUCCGGCUUUAAGAUUGGGAUAUUUCCUGUUAGAUACCUUGGCAUACCUCUUGUUACACGGAAGCUAUCAGUGAAAGAUUGUGAACCGUUACUUGGAAAAAUCAGGCAACUGUUGCAGUAUUGGUCUGGCAGAAACCUUAGCUACGUUGGAAGGCUAGAACUAAUUUGCUCUGUCCUGUUCAAUAAAGGAGCUGACAAAUCAGCAGCCGGUGCUAUAGUCAGUUGGGAGAGCAUAUGUCUUUUGAAGUCCGAAGGAGGUUUGGGUCUGAAAAACACUUCUAAUUGUAACAAAGCAUGUAUCAUAAACCUCAUUAGAAAGAUCCUUGUUGGUGAUGGUUCGCUAUGGGUAGCAUGGCUUAAAUCCUAUGUUCUUAAGGAUCAUGAUUUUUGGAACUUUGAAGCAGGUUCAAAUGUUAGCUGGAGUUUUAGAAGAUUUCUUAAGUUGAGACCAAUCACUUAUCCUAUUAUUACGUCUGCACCUCAACCGAUUAGAGAUGUCUGGGAAAAGAUUCAGACACAAGGCGUGAAAGUUAUUUGGCAUAGACUGAUUUGGUUUCCUAUGCAUAUUCCAAAGCAUAGUUUGAUCUCUUGGAUGGCCUUACUGGAAAGGUUACAUACCAGAGAAUGGUUGCAGCGAAGGGGAUUAUGUUCUGAAUCUGUAUGUGUUAAUUACUGCCAACACCAAGAAUCGCGCGAUCAUCUUUUUUCGCAAUGUUCUUUUGCUGCUGAACUUUGGAAAGCUGUUUUGAAUCUGAAUGGUAUGACUUAUACUGCUCUAAAUUGGGAAACAAUGGUCUCUCGGGCAAGCUCUACUUGGAAAGGGAAGUCUCUUAUCACUACCUUACUGAAGAUUUCUUGGAACGCAUUCAUUUACUCCAUCUGGCAGGGAAUAAAUCAACGUUUUUUAGGGUCGAUUUAA